AUGAAAUCAUUCAAAUAUGAUGCACAUUCUUCGCAUGUCCUAUUUGGUGUAGGGACUAUAGAGCAGCUACCUACCGAGAUUGAACGGCUAGGCGUGACGUCCCCACUGCUUUUAUACACCCCUCGGCAAGAGAAGCUGGUGGACGAUGUGAGAAAGCUGCUCAGGGGCAAAGUAGCCGGGGUGUUUGACGGUGCUGUGAUGCAUGUUCCCACGCAUAUUACGGAGAAGGCUCUCGCGUAUGCAAAGGAACAGGGUGCAGAUGGCAUUGUAUCUAUCGGUGGUGGAAGUGUCAUCGGGUUGGGGAAAGCAAUCAGCUUCCGGACUGGACUACCGCAUCUAUGCAUUCCAACGACAUAUUCAGGCAGCGAGAUGACGCCGAUACUUGGAGAAACGCAAGAUGGAAUAAAGAGCACCAGGACAGACCCUAAAAUUCUCCCGAAAGCGGUAAUAUAUGAUGUUGACUUGACAAUGUCGAUGCCUGCCAGCCUGAGUGCUACGAGUGGUAUUAAUGCCAUCGCCCAUGCAGUGGAAGCCUUAUAUGCUCGCAAUGGAAACCCGAUUGUCAACCUACUGGCGCGAGAAGGCAUCAGGCACCUUUCCACUGCCUUGCCAGAUAUCAUGGCAAACCCCCGAUCCGAAUCAGCACGGUCAGACGCCCUCUACGGCGCUUGGCUGUGCGGAUCAUGUUUGGGAAGCGUUGGAAUGGCCCUGCACCACAAGCUAUGCCAUGUGUUGGGUGGGAGUUUCAACCUGCCGCAUGCAGAAACCCAUACCGCAGUCCUUCCUCAUGCUGUUGCAUACAACUCUCCAAGCGUCCCUGAAGCAAUGGCUACCUUGGCAGAAGUGCUCCCCAACAGUGAAGGGGAUGCAAUCCGGGGGCUAAACGUCCUCCUGGAAAAGUUACAGGUACAACGGGGCGCAAAAGAGUUUGGUAUGAAGGAGGAACACAUUGACCAGGCGGCGGAGGUAUCUGUGAAGAACGCUUACUGGAACCCGCGUGAGAUUGAGAAGGACGCAAUCAGGGAGAUUUUCAGAAGGGUUUGGGCAGGCGAGGAAGCUCGAGCUGAUCUAUAG